UGCAGAGUUAUAUUCAGGAAGAGACAUUACAAGAAGUCACUAAUACUAAUAUUUUUAAUGAUGUCGUAUUUCCAUCCUCUCUCAUACACUCUUUUCAUAACCUCCGUAGGCUUAGAUUGUGGAGUUAUGAAGGAGUGGAGGUGGUGUUUGAGAUAGAGAGUCGAACAAGUAGAGAUUUGGUAUCAACUCACCAUAACCAACAACAGCCUGUUAUACUUCCCAACCUCCAGGAAUUGCAUCUAGUUUCUAUGGACAACAUGAGUCAUGUAUGGAAGUGCAGCAACUGGAAUAAAUUCUUCACUCUUCCAAAACAACAAUCAGAAUCCCCAUUCCACAACCUCACAACCAUACACAUGUUCAGCUGCAGAAGCAUUAAGUACUUGUUUUCACCUCUCAUGGCAGAACUUCUUUCCAACCUAAAGAAUGUCAAGAUAAGUGGGUGUGAUGGUAUUGAAGAAGUUGUUUCAAACAGAGAUGAUGAGGAUGAAGAAAUGACUACAUCUACCCACGCAACCACCACUUUGUUCCCUCAACUUGAUUCUCUCUAUCUAUCUAGCCUGGACAAUCUGAAGUGUAUUGGUGGAGGUGGUGCCAAGGCCAAGGAUGGGAACAAUGAAUUAUCUUUCAACAAUACCACUACAACUACCGAUCAAUUUCAGUUGUCUGAAGCAGGUGGUGUUUCUUGGAGCUUAUGCCAAUACGCUAGAGAGAUAGAGAUAUAUAAGUGUGAUGUAUUGUCAAGUGUGAUUCCAUGUUAUGCAGCAGGACAAAUGCAAAAGCUUCAAGUGCUGACAGUAAGUGAUUGCAAAGGGAUGAAGGAGGUAUUUGAAACUCAAUGCAACAACAAGAGUGGUGCAGGUGAUGAAGGAAUUCCAAGAGUAAAUAACAAUAUUAUUAUGCUUCCCAAUCUAAAGAUAUUGAAAAUCAGAGAUUGUGGGGGUUUGAAACAUAUAUUCACAUUAUCUGCACUUGAAAGCCUAAGACAGCUAGAAGAGAUAAGGAUAAGUUUUUGCUACGGAGUGAAAGUGAUUGUGAAGAAGGAAGAAGAAGAUGCAUCAUCAUCAUCAUCUUCUAAGAAGGUUGUGGUCUUUCCUCAUCUCAAGUCCAUUAAACUAAUCAAUCUACCAGAGCUGGAGGGUUUCUUCUUGGGGAAGAACGAGUUCCGGUGGCCUUCAUUGGAUUAUGUUAAGAUCGAUAAUUGCCCUCAAAUGCUGGUGUUUGCAGCUGGUGGGUCAAUGGCUCCCCAACUCAAGUAUAUACACACAGAAUUAGGCAAACAUAUUGUUGGAGAAUCUGGCCUUAACUUUCAUCAGACCCCAUUACUGAGUUUACAAGCUGCAGUCUUGUGCCCUGCUACUUCAGAAGCAAUACCUUGGUCUUUUCAUAACUUGAUCGAAUUAGAUGUGAAAGGUAAUCAUGAUGUUAAAAAGAUUAUUCCAUCCAGUGGGUUGCUGCAACUGCAAAAGCUGGAAAAGAUUCUUGCAUACAACUGUAAUAAUGUAGAGGAGGUAUUUGAAACUGGAUUGGAAGCAGCAGGGAGAAAUACGAAUACGAAUACAAAUAGUAGUAGUGGAAGUGGUUUUGAUGGAUCGCCACAAACUACUACUACUACUACUCUUGUUAAUCUUCCAAACCUCAGAGAAAUGAAGUUACAACAUCUAUAUACUCUGAGGUAUAUAUGGAAGAGCAAUCAGUGGACAGCAUUUGAGUUUCCAAACCUAACAAGAGUUGAUAUCUAUAAAUGUAAAAGGUUAGAACAUGUAUUUACUAGUUCCAUGGUUGGUAGUCUAUUGCAACUCCAAGAGCUACGCAUAUGGAACUGCAGUCAGAUAGAGGUCGUGAUUGUUCAGGAUGCAGAUGUUUCUGUAGAAGAAGACAAAGAGAAAGAAUCUGAUGGCAAGACGAAGAAGGAGAUACUUGUGUUACCUCGUCUAAAGUCCUUGAUAUUAGACCAACUUCAAAGUCUUGAGGGGUUUAGCUUGGGGACAGAAUUUGAGUUUCCAAACCUAACAACAGUCCAUGUUUAUGCAUGUGAGAGGUUAGAACAUGUAUUUACUAGUUCCAUGGUUGGUAGUCUAUUGCAACUCCAAGAGCUACGUAUAAGGGACUGCAGUCAGAUGGAGGAGGUCAUUGCUGUAGAAUCAGAAGAAGAAUCAGAUGACAAGACGAAUAAGGAGAUACUUGUGUUACCUCGUCUAAAGUCCUUAAAAUUACAAUACCUUCCAUGUCUUAAGGGGUUUAGCUUGGGGAAGGAGGAUUUUUCAUUCCCAUUAUUAGAUACUUUGAAAAUCAAUCAAUGCCCAGCAAUAACCACUUUCACCAAGGGAAAUUCCGCUACUCCACAGCUAAAAGAAAUUGAAACAAAAUUCAGCUCGUUUUAUGUAGGGGAAGACAUCAACUCUCUUAUAAAGAUCAAACAAGAGGAAUUGAAACAAGACUCUGAUUAA